AUGUUAAAAAUUAUUUUGCUCUUUGGUCUUGUCAAAAAUUUAGCAGCAGAAACAUGUCCUGUGAAAGCAAUUACAUGUGAAUCUAUUAGAAAUCGAUAACUAUGUCUAUAAUCUAAGGACUAUAAUCAAAAUUCAAUAUGUGAAUGGGAUUAGUAUAAAUGCACAAAAUCUAUCCUCAACCGCUUACCUUGUUCUGGAUAUACUAAUGAAUUUACUUGUCAUUACAAAUCCUAUGGAUGUAGAUGGGAUGGAAGUAGUACAAAUAAUUAUGACGUUAAUAGUAUGAAAUCCAAUGUAAAUGGAUAAUGCGUAGACAGACAGUAUUUCAAUUAUAUACUUAAUUUAGAUGUGAAGAUGUCUCAGAAUAUUUUUGUUAAUCCUUUGGCCAACUGUCAUGCGAAUGGCAAGAUGGCAGAUGUGCAUAAAUUACAAAAUGCGAAGAUUUCUAGUCUAUAAAAGGGUGUAGAAAUAGCAGAUUUAAGAAGAAGUAAUAUUUAACAAUUCCAUAUAUAUGUAGAUGUGUAACUAUUGUGGAUGGGGAAGUGUUACCGAAUGAAUAAAUAUCGGCUAGUAAUUUUGAUUGUGUUGUGUAAGAGUGCAAGCAUAAAAAAUACUAAUUUUAAUGUACUUUUGUUAACGGAGUUCAAUUUAUUUGGGGAACAGAGUAUUAAUUUAAUAUAUACAAGUGGAUGCUCUGUUUGUUCAUCUUAUACUACCUAUCAAUCUUGCGUAGGAAAUGGAGGAUUGUGCUUUUGGGACUUAAAUCAAUGUUAAAAUACUCAGUAAUUCUAAUCUCAAUAUUAUACAGAUGUUAACAAUACAAAAGUCCUACUCUAUGUAAUAUCAAACGAUAACAAUGCGAAUGGAAUAUUUAAAAAAUGAGAUGCCAACUUAACUCUACUUUAGAAAAUCAACAUUGUUAUUCUGAAUAUUUAGAUUAAAUAGAGGUAAGUUAAACUAUCUAAAUAACGUUUAUUGUGUCCCUUACUCUAAUUGGAUGA